AUGUCUAAUAUUUCGAUAGGAAACGAUCUAAAAGACUCCUAUACGGAGACACGCAAGUGGGUGAUAGGCAACACCAAGUGGUUGCAGGACCUCGCAUCGUUUUACCAUGAGCGGUCGAAGCUAGAGCGAGAGUACGGCGAGAAGCUUGCGGGGUUGACGAAGGAAUACUUUGGGCGCAAAAGCAACAGUACGGUGGUGCUAUCGGUAGGGGAGACGCCAACAAUCACGCCGGGGUCACUCGAGAGUGCGUCGCAGGUGGCGUGGAACGAGGUGCUCUCGCAGACGGAGAACGUGGCGAAGGACCACAAGCGGCUAGCGAAGGAGAUGCAGACGCAGGUGGCGGACCAGUUGGCGUCGUUGGAGAAGCGGUGCGAUCUGAUUCUCAACACGAUCGACGGAUUUAACCACGAGUUGGUGAACAAGCGGGACUACGCGUACAGCUGCUUGGAGAAGGCGAAGAAGCGGUAUGAUGAGAGCUGCCAGGCCAUGGAGGCGGCGCGCCAGAAACAGUCCAAGUCCGGGUCGUCCAGCAAGGCUCAGCGCAAGGUGGACGAGAAGGAGCACGAAAUGAACAUCGCGAAGAACGACUACUUGAUUCAGAUCAACCAGACGAACCGGCUCAAGGACAAGUACUACUUCCAAGAUGUGCCCGAGGCGCUGGACUUGCUCCAGGACCUCAACGAGUCGCGCAUCCGCGUGCUAAACAGCAUCUGGCGGCGCGCCAGCGACUUGGAGCGCGAGGCACACAAGAAAAUCGACGAGCGCUUGUCGGCCGCGGACGACGUUGUCGGACAGAACUACCCACACUUGGACACCUCCAUGUUCAUUAAGCACAAUUUCCGCGAGUGGAAGGAACCUGAUGAUUACCAGUAUGUGCCUUCGCCCGUGUGGCACGAUGAUGAGACCUUCUCUGUUCCGUCCGACGUUGAGCUCCAUGACUUGAAGAUCCGCUUGGCCAAGGCGCAGAACUCGUACAAUCGCUUGCAGCUAGUGGUGCACGAUGAGAUGUCCACGUUGACGCAAUUGAACAAGAAGAAGCAGGAGAUGAAGCUCAAUGCGGCGGUGGACCCCUACGAAUUCCAAGAGUUGUUGAAAAAGUACUUGGCGACGGUAUCCUCCUUCACAACGCACGAGACGUCGAAACUAGAGGCGGAGGUCGAAAUCGAGAGCAUCCAGAAUAAUGUCGGGGAUAGUCAUGACCUCAGCAAGGAGGGCCUUGAUAUAUCUCGCCGCUUCAAGAAGUCCAGUAUGUUCGGGAUGUUCAAGCGUGCCACCGCCCCGCGCAGCACUGGCGCGAAUGACGACAUCUCUGAGAUGUCCGUCGACGUUGCUUCCAAAUCAUCUCCGAAGCACCAUGGCUUAAGUCUAUUCCGAAGUAAGCGCAUUCGCGCCCAGAGCACUGAGUCUUCUGGUAUGCAGAGCAGCACGAUGGACGACUCGAGCUCCAUGAUGUCAAUCAGUAAUGAGGAGCACAAGGGCGGCAACCGCGUGUUGUUCCCUUACACCAAGCAGGAUGAAGACGAGGUGACGAUCGCACCCGGCAACUCAAUUGUUCUUCUACGCCAGGAUGACGGCUCUGGAUGGGUCAAGAUUCGCAACGCCAGCACACAACAGGAGGGACUAGUUCCGUCGACCUACGUCGAAAUCAACGAGCACCAUUCCAUAGGCAAGCCUGUACCUCGCGCUCCUCCUCCACGGAAGGGUGCAGCUCCCUUAAAGACCGUCACUGCCAUCUACGAUUACUCGGCUCAGGAUGACGACGAGAUCAGCAUCCGUGCAGGCGACGUCAUCAAGGUCUUGCGCGGCGACACUGGCAACGGCUGGACCUACGGUGAGGUAAAUGGGAGCAAGGGCCUCUUCCCCAGUAACUACUGUAACUGA